AUGUAUAUAUUUGUUUCCAGGGAACAAGAUGCCAGACAAUCUAGUAAAAAUGAACCAGGGAAUAAUGAGACAAUGGGAGAGAUUGUGAACAAUGUCGGCAAAAUGGAAAUAGUUGACAAUGAUUUCUUGUCUGUGAGAUUCCGUAACAUGCAACUGAAGAAAAUCAAAAGGACUGAACGAAGAUCUACAGAGGCUGUGACUGAAGAGAAAUUUGCCAUUCUGUUUAAAACAGAAUUUAAAGUUGGUGGUGAAGAUCUAAAAUUCUCUGUAUGGACCCUGUCUAAUCCAGUUGUGGUUACUGUUCAUGGAAAUCAAGAAUGUAAAGCAAUGGCAACAAUUUUGUGGGACAACCAUUUUGCAGAACCUAAUCGUAUGCUAUUCCAAGUUCCUGAUCAAGUUCAUUGGUCUGAGUGUGCUAAAAUGCUGAGUGAAAAAUUUAAAACCGACGUAGGCAUUCCCUUAAAACCAGAAGACACAAACUAUUUGGCAACCAAAUUAUUCAAUAGCAAUCCCGAUGAAGAUUUUUCCAGACAUGUUCUCACUUGGAGUCAGUUCUGUAAGGAAAAUAUGAGAGAGAAGAAUUUCACAUUCUGGGAAUGGUUUUAUGCUAUUGUAAAACUGACAAAAGAUCAUUUACACAGGUUCUACAAAGAAAAUUUAAUUGCUGGUUUCAUUGCAAAGGAUCAAGCUCAACAAAUGUUAUCACCAAAGCGAGGUGGUACAUUCCUAUUACGUUUCAGUGACAAUUUACUAGGGGGUAUCACCAUUGCUUGGAUCAGCCAGGAUGAAUCUGGUAAAAUGACUGUUUGGAACUUGAAGCCAUAUGACCACAAGGCACUUAGUAUUCGAUCCUUAGAGAAAAGAAUACACGAUUUGAAGAUGUUGAUAUAUUUGUAUCCAGACACUGUGAAAAAUGAUGCCUUUCCAAAGACUUUUGAAGAAGAGGGUAAUAUAAACUUGUGGUUCCUACUUUUUUAAAAAUUAAAUCAAGAA